CGCCAGCCCCGCCCCGGAGCCAUGUUGGAUGGAACCGCCGGCGCCGAACCCGGGACACGGAGCGGGCCGCCCCAUGGCGACCCGCCCAGCCCUGUGCACCGUCCGCAGCCCUGUGGCGCUGCAGGUGGGAGAUGUGAAGACGGACCUGGCUCAGCCUGGCGUGGCCGUCAUUGAUGUGGCCUUGCCCCCCGCCCAGCCCCUGGAUUUGCAGGAAAUCGUCUUUAAGAACUCCUACACGGCUUUCCUGACUGUGCGAGUGCAGCGGCGCCGCCCCUGUGAUGUGGGGCGCGCCAGCGCCAGGAAGUGGGUCACCUGCUUGUGGAAUCACUGCCUGAUGCCCAGCCCGCACACAGAGGCCGGCUCCCAGGAUUACUUCUCUCUCUUCAGGCAUCAGCUCUUGCUGCCCUGUUGUCUCUGGCAGUUGCUGUGUGAUGUGGAUCAGGUGACCGCCGUGCGUUUGAUUCUUCGCCAGCCCUCACCCGUUUGGCUGCACUUCACCCUGGAGGAGCUGCGGCUCUACCCCAGGGGCCAGCAGAGCCUGCAGACAGACUUCCCGUCCUGGCUGUCCCACCUGGCCCCCCAGCAGCAGCCAGAAAACCUGCAUGGGGGUGUCCCCGACCCGGAAAAGGUGUCUACAGAAGUCCAGCAGCUGUGGGUACUAACGGAGAUGAUCCGCGCUAACCAGACGGCAGCCCGAAUCGGGCGUUUUGACGUGGAUGGCUGUUACGACAUCAAUCUGCUCUCCUACACCUGAGCUCUGGCCCAGGCUGGCUGCCCUGAACUUGCCAUCUGCACAGCACGUUUCCUUCAUCGCUGAUCAGAGUCUGCCUCAGCUCUCCCAAGUCAAGAGGGUUGUUUUCUCUCCCUCCCUGUUCUGUGCUCCCUCAGCCUUCCCCACAGCAUCUCCUGGGCUUCUUGGCUCCUUGGUGCUGGCCAGAUUCCUCCAUCUGCAUCUCCCUGGGGCCUGCGGACUUCCUCUUCUCCUGGCACUGCAUAAACUCCCUGUUCUGGGCCUGGCAGGCAUGUCCCCCAGCCUCCUGAUCAAAUCACAUUGCAGGUGUUUGGCAGAGCGCCCCCCCCCCCCCCCCGGAAAUUUCAGACGAAUCCUGCUUCCAGUGACAUCUGGGGUGCCAAUAAUCCUGAGGUGGGCGAAGCUCAAGGGAUGUGCUGGGCUCUGGGAACAGAGUUACUGCCCUGAAUGUUGCACCAGAGCCCUGCUCCUCCGAGCUUGGAGCUGCCUGGGGCUCAGCGUGGGGCUGGUGUGCUGCAGGCAUGGGACAGGGAAGGGACUGUGAUGUUCCCUGUUUUUUGCCAUUCCCCAUGGCUGUGCAGUAGGAGGUGCUACCCAAAAGCCACAGGGCUACUUUGGCAGUUUUUGUCUGUUCUCCCUGUUCUGGUAGGGUACAGGGCUGGGGCCCUACCACCUUCCCUUCAUGGUAGUGGGGCUGCAGGGGCAUGGCGAGGGGGGGAGGAAGGACUGUCGGUUGGAGCCUUCCUGGCUGUGGAUUUUAGCAAGGUUGCAGGGCUCAGAGCCUGGGAUGGGGAGAGCUGUCUGCGGGCUCUUGGGAGCCUCAGCACCAAUGGCAAUCAAAGUAUGCUACCACAGAACACAGUCCAGACACCCCCCAUCACUCCCAGCCCCAAUUGGCUCCUGACCCAUAAAUGUGCAAACUCUGUGAAGAUGGGCAGCUUGUCACCUAGCCCCUCUGAUGGCCCCAGGGUGCUCCCAGAUGCUCACUUCCAAUCAUGGAGUAAAUAGCAGCCAUGCAGAAGAGAUUUGAGCUCUUGGUCUCCUGGAUCCCAGCCUGGAGCACCUUCCCCCGGGCCCCUGGAUCAUGGCCUGGAGCGCCCCCCCUACGCACACACACACCAGGUACUGGGGGUUGUCUCUCUCUCCUGCAGUGCUGGGCAAGAUUCCCAGCAGCCCUGUGUGCUGCUCCUGAGCACCCAGUCCCUUGGUAACACGGGUGUGGGCUGGUUCGCGGGCUCACGGGCCUGCUCAAAAAAGCAGGGGAUGGGGUGUGUCUUGGGAACCGCUGCAGCAACCGAGCCCCACUUUGUGCCAUUAACUCUCCCAGGAGGUGCAGUGGAGAGUGCUGGCACCUGAUGUGGGGCAAUGGCAUGACUGCCACUUUCCCUGGUAUUCAGGACAGUGGCAGGAGGUGAACACCUGGCCCCUCCCCAUGUUCUCUCCAAGGGGGCUAGAGUAGCUGAGCACCUUCCAGCCUUCGCCACAUGUAACCUCGUGCCUACCCUGGGAAUGGCUGGCCCCAGCAUCCGUCUGGGAACCGAGGUCCAGAGAGACUUGCCCAGGGUCACAUAAGGAGUUUGUAGCAGAACUGGGACAUGAGCCCUGGUCUCCUGAAUGCCAGCCUAGUGCCCUCCCCCUGGGCCAUCUUUCCUGGCCACGUGCUUGCUUCCUUCCAUCCUUCCUGGCUGCAUGUGACUGUGCUGGCCUGAGUAGGACAUGGGUCUUGGGCUGUAGCCAGCCAUGCUGUUCCCUCCAACACUCACUGUGCCCAUGGGGAUCUGACCCCUAUUCUGCCUGUCCCCACAGGGGGAUGCAUCAUGCAUUUGCUGGAUCUCCACCCAGCUGCUCUAAUAAACAACCCCCAAA